GAGGAAGUGUGUCCCCUUGUUUACAUCUCUCUGACAGUUUCCGAGAUGACAAAGACAGACCGCAUCAAAGCUCGGCUUGUAGCUGAAGUCACAUGAUCAAGGGAGGGAACUACCUUACACUCUCCACCCACAGACUCGUAUAAAAACCAAACUGACCUGAAAGAACAUCUCAAGCUGAGAGAGACAGACUUUAGAGUGAAGAAGUCCCAGUGAAGGACAAGCCAACGUUUUGUUGAGGAAAAUGGGGACAAAAAAGAUGCUGUUUGAGGUUUUAAUCCUUGGGUUGGUUGUUUGUUUUCUGAAAGGUACAUUUUGAUUUUUUUUUUAAAUCUUUUUUUGUGAUAUAAUGAAAAUUUUCUGAGGUUAAUGAUGCAAGUUUUCUUUCUAAAGUUCUUUUGUUUGUUACCUCCACAGAGGCUCAGUGUGAGGGAACUGAGGUGCUUGUUGAAGUGGGCUCUCAGGCUGUACUACCCUGUGACUGCAGCCCUACAUCCAGCUCCCCUCGUGCCAUCAUCUGGAACAAAAACCACAAAGGGUAAGACUUUUACUGUUUGCUGUCCCUGCUUCGGAUAUCUUCCAAUUUCUUGCGUUAAUUGCCACCCUAGUUCAAUCUCAACCUCAAAUUACAUCUGUAUGUUGAUGACACUGUAUUGUUUGUGACAUCUGUCCACAGCACUGUGUGGAGAAAGCAAAAGAGCGGUCUGCAGUACUGGAACUCAAGCUGGUCACAGAAGGGAAUCCACCGUAUACAAUGCCUGGCCUCCAGGUUUGAAAGAGGCGACUGCAGCCUGCAAAUCACUAAAGUUAGGGAGGACGACGGAGGAGUUUAUUCGUGCAGGAUCGAAUAUGGACGCCGGGUCACUGAAAAAACUGUCAUGCUCAGAGUCAUUAAGGGUAAGAGACAGAAAAACAGCGGUAACUCCCAGAUGUUGUGACAAAAAAUAAGGAUCAAGCUAGUUGGGUUUAUUAAUAAAUAGACAAAAGACACCAAACAGUUUCUUAACUAUAAAAUAACAUAUAAGAACUGUGUAAAGACUGUGAUUAAUAUGAUAGAUUUAAAACUCUGAUCAGCAUAAAACCAAAAGGAGAAACAGAGUAAAAACUGUACAAUGAAGUUAUUCAUAUGCCAAUAAUCUCAUCUGUGUCUGUGUUGUUUCACAGUGAACGUCUCUUCAUCUGUUGCCAUCACGGGGCAAGAUGUUUCAAUCUCCUGCAGUGUGUCCCCUUGGCCCAACGAAGUCACUGUGCGCUGGACAUUAAACGACAGCCCAUAUGUGCCCAGGACCGAAGCAAUCGUGAACAGAGGACCCCCUGCAAAUGUUGUGAGGGAAAAGGCAACUGUAAGACUAACUGGAAAAUGGUCUUGUGUCGUGAUCUCCAAGGGGAAAAUAGGACGAGCUUCUGCAUCUCUGACUGUGAAUGGUAUGAAUGAUGAGCUGCAGAAAACUGAGAUUCCUUCAGAAAUAAAUCCAUUCAGUUCAUCUUUUUUAACCAUCUAAUGCACUCAAACUCCUCUGUUUUCCUCUCUUUUAUUUCUGACAGGAAUCAUCAAUCCAUCCAAAGAUAGUACCAAGCUGUACUCUGCCGUCGGAUCUACAGUCAACUUUCCAUGUGUGCUCUCCUCGGGUUUAAUCCCAUCAAACCCAGUCUGGGAGAAGCUGAAACCUGGAUCUCUAUUUAAACCUGUACCUGGUCGCCUCCCCUCUUCUUUCUCUCCAUCCUCAUCAUCCUCCCAGACCCCCUGGGAAAUAUCUGCAAGUUUGACAGAGGUUAAGUUUGAGGAUGAAGGAAAGUACAGAUGCUCUGCAACUGUUGCGAGUCAACGGUUAACUCGAAAUAUGCAGCUGGUCGUUGCCAAAAGUAAGUCAGUCAUUCAACUUCAGCAAUUUAAACUUAUAAACAAUCUUUUUUAUUUGUACAGUCAGUGAUUUAUUAUAUUAUCUCAUUGUUCUUUCAGCUGAAAGCAGCUUUUCGUCGAAGAAAAAGGGCCUCGUGACUCUGACCUGCAAACUGUCAGACGCAAGCGAGGUGACGUACUAUGAGUGGGUCCAUGUGGUGUACGAUCUGAACAGCACACGGUCAUUUGAGUCCAUCCAGAAAGGAAAGACUCUCACCAUCGACACGGUGUCUGAGGAGAACCAGGGCGAAUGGGUGUGCCGUUUCUACGGGAAAGAGGGUGUCUUGGGAAAUGUAACACACCACCUUCAUCAGAUGAGUAAGUAUUCUGCGAGAUUACUGCCGUUUAUUCUUUAAGAUAAUGUACAAAAAAAAUGAUGUUUCACUUUUUUCUGACUGUUUGUUAAUUAUUUUCUCCUAAGGUGGCCUGUCUGGAGAGAAAUCAUCAUCAAGAGGCUCACAAAAGACAGCUAUCAUUGUCGGACUCAGCGUACUCCUGUUUGUUCUGGUGCUGAUUUUGGUCCAAAUGUACAAGAACCACCAAAGGGUAAAUAUUAAACACAUCAGCUUUGAUUUUUUUAAUAAAUAGAAAUGAGAUGCAAAAGUAGAGAUGGAAGGCGUGUUUUGAAAGUUCUUUGCUCGACUUUUGCCUCACCAAAGCUACCAUAUCUCAUUAUACUGAUAUCCUUUAUAGUAUAUUAUGAUUUCAGCCCAUUGUUUCACACAGAACCUUCAACCUGAAAGUAGAGUGAGCGUUGAUGAUUGUUCCUCUUUUGCCCCACAGAGGAAAAAGAUCUUCCAGUAUCCUGCGCUGGAGACAAUCAUUCAUACCGCCUCCAAUGAGCGGGAGGAGAACGAAAGGACCAGAGUGAAAUAUUGAAGACCUGGUACAGCGAAAGCCUUGUAGAAAAGCAACUUUCUAGAGACGGGAGAAAUCUUUUCAUGCCUGUAACAUGUUGGGAGACUUUUAUUUGCACAGAUUUUGUAAAUAGUUUUUUCAGAGCAGACGUUGUAGCAAUUCUGUUGAGUUAGAGACGUUGUAAUUUAUGCUGUUUUUAGAGAUGUAACUGUUUUUAAAUACUCUACUGUAUGUACAAAAAAUAAUAAAACAGGAUUAACAGAAAUAAACUUGGUUUUAUUAUUUCUAUUAUGUACAAUCCAAACUCUCAGGUCCAUGAGAGGGGUUCAUUAUACAAUAUAAAUAACUUACAGUCCUUUAUAAAAAUAUCUUUUCAUCAUAUUUACACAAAACACUUGAUACAAAUUAUGGCGUUCUUCUAAAAAAAUAUAGAUUUCAUUAAUAACAUGAGUAAGAAAUUAUCAGAGGCCAUGUGGGAGAAGAUUUUAAAUAGUUUCCCUAAGAAGAGAGCGUUUCUGUGAAUCUGUCCAUGUAGAGUUUUUCUACAUGCGCUGAGUCUGAGUUCUCGUCUUAUUAGAGCUACACCUGGCUGAUCUCUGCGUCAUCUUGCUCGGAGAGUCGAUAUAAAUUCCCAAAGGCCAA